GGCGAGUAUACAUGUGAAGAGUUGAGAACUGUUAUUCAAGAGCUUAAUAAAGAUCAGGAUGGGAAAGUAAUUAUUAAGUCAGAUCAGGUUUAUUGGCAUCGUCGCUUUCCCGAAUUCAAGAAAAACUAUCUACAUGAUUAUCCCAAAUGCCAUAAACUUUCUCGUUAUAGGCAGGAGCUUUUACAACAAUCACAAUUAGCAAAAAGAAAACCUAAUAAGCGAUUGAAACGUCGAAUCGAACAAUUUAUAAACGAUUCUAAUCAAGAUGAUGUAAAUAUAUCAAAUUCUCGUAUAAUGCUUGACGAUAAUUAUUUUGUUCAGAAACCCGUAGAGGUUAUAGAAAUAACCAAUGA